AUGAGCAACAUCUUGCGAGAGAGAACGAAAAAGAGAACAGCUACUAAUCAAGGCUUUCAAGACCUAUUUGAUGAAGAAAAGAGAGAAUAUGAAGCUAACAACACCAUAGAUUCAAAAUUAGAAAUAAUUAAGACAAAGUCACACCCCUCAGUAUUAAUUACUCCCUUGAAUAACAUUGAUGAUGCAAGUCUCAAUAAUACAUAUGUAACAGGAAUGAUAGAGGAUAUUGUAAUGAAUGGAAAUAACUAUACACAAAUGAUGUUUCUAGUGUUAAAUAUUAUUUUUUGA